AUGAGUCUUGUUGAAAGAGUUGUGUUUUUUAUGGUUUUGGCUGCUUUAUGUGUUGGUUCAAUGGCUGAAGUUUACAAGGUUGGUGAUGACAAUGGAUGGACUGCUAAAGAACACAUGCCUGAUUACGAAGAAUGGUCUGCUUCAAAAGCCUUCAAAAUUGGCGAUUCCAUUGUUUUCGAGUACGAUCCGGAGUGGCACAAUGUGGUCCAAGUGACUCACGAGGACUACAGGAAAUGCAACGCUUCAUCACCAAUCAAAGAAAACUAUUAUUGGGGCUCACAUUCUAUUAGAGGGGCCUCACCUAAUAAGACAAAAAUGGUCAAAACCUUCACUUCUGGCAAAGAUACAAUUCCAAUUAAGGCUGAGGGACACUUAUUCUACAUCUGUGGAGUUCCUGAACACUGUAAAAUGGGACAAAAAGUUGAUAUUAGAGUUGUUGCUCUUGAUAGACUUGAUAUUGGAGUACUUGCUGAUCGUGCUACCCCUGCACCUCCAACUUCACCAUCAGUCAGUGCUCCAACUCCUUCACCGAACAGUGUUAUGUCUAUUUCUAAGGGUUUUACUGGAAAAUUGGGUUUCGUUAUCCUUGCUGUGUGCGACGCCCCAACCUAA